AUGAAUCACGAACGGCGCACAAACAAGUUGACAGCUUGCUCGGAUUCUAUCCUUGGCAAAUUUGAUCGCCGGAAUUUUCGAGCCGCUCAUAUGCGCUUGCUUCUUUCUGACGGCCGUUUAUCGGAAACAAAUUGGGAGAACUAUUACCCACGGACACUUGUGGAUCCCUUGUUUUCGACAAAGCCUGAAAUGGUUUACGAGAUGGAUGCACUUUAUGGACGUUUGGUAGACUACUUCAGCCUGGGUCCUGAAAUUGUCCGUGCAUUCAUCGAGAGACACGCAGAUAGUUAUAUCACCCACAGCGUGGCAAAGGCUUACGGAAAGCAGGGGGAAAGAUUUCCAACGACAUAUUCCUUCAGGAAAACGGAACAACAUCAUGUGAUGUCCUUUCUUAUUCUUGUCGAUGUGAUGGAUGUUUUGGCCCUCUCUGGUCCUACCAACCCAGAAAUACGCUACAAUUAUUGCAGGCGUUUUAACGGAGGAAAUAGGGUUGUCUGGGGAUUUGCAGGGUGGCUUGCCUUGGAAAUUCAACAAUCGGUGCAGCGUGAGGCCAAGGUUGCGGCGCAAGAGGAACAACUGCGAAAAUGGGAGGAGGAACAGUCACGAAAGGUGCAACAGCUAUCGAAGGCAGGUGCAACCGACAGGAUGUAUGAUGACGGAGUGGGUGAGGCAGAAUAG